UCUCUCUUCCUCUUCCCUGGCAAUGCUUUUCUACCGGAGUCAAAUCUUUUCUCGUGAGCUCCGAAAGGACCAGCCUGGCGUACCCAUCCUUUGCCAAAUUUCUUUGCAGCAUGUUGUUAAUGAAUAACCAGGGCAGGGUGGUCACCCCAUCUGACCACCCCAUAAAGUAGUUCUUCCUAUUUUUUGGACUGACAUUCCAGGUUCUUCUCUUGUGUGGUGUCUCCGACUCUCUUCCACCAUGAAGUCUCUUGCCGUCUUCUUGACCUUGGCCAUCUUGGCAGGCUCCCAGGCUGCUCCCAUUACUAGCCUGCAACAGGUGGACAAAGUCCUCUGGGAGUAUUUCCCGUCCAUCUACAACACAACUCAGGAACACUUGGAUGCCCUUCGGAACUCCCAACAGGGCCAAGAGAUCAGCAACCUCGUCCUCAACGCCAUCAACACCAUGAAGAGCAGCCAGGCCGAGCUGGUGGCCGAGAUCCAAAAGCUGGGGGGGAAACUGUCUGAAAAUAUGCCGCCGCGUGCGAAAGAGCUGAAGGAGAAGGUGGAAAUCCUCCUGGCCGAGUGGCAAGAGAAGGUGGUGGCGGCCUUGAACACGGCCCAGGAGGGCCUGAUGGAGCACACCGAGCCCCUGAGGCAAACCCUGACCAACCUCACAGACGAGCUGGGGCAAAAGGUGGAGCAGAGCACCGAGCAACUCUUGGGGACGUCCAGCGAGGCCUUGAAGGCCAAGUUUCGGAAGCAGAUCCAGGAAGUUCACCAGAAACUCCAGCAGAAGGUGCAGGCUCACUUCAGACCCUGGAAGCCAAAGUUGCAGCAGCUGACCCGUAAACUGUACAGCUAUGCUGAGUCCGUGCAGAACGAUCUCUUGAACUCCUUCAGAAAUAUAGCCAACAUGUGGUCCCAAAUGUUCCAGUGAGAAUCCAGCCUAGUGGCCACGGGGAGGAAGGCCUGUUUGUGCCAUGGGGAAGUAUGCACUAGCGCCCAGGGCGGAAUGGCAGGGAGGGGGGAGCCCUCUGGAAGAAUAUUCCCUGAAGCCACACGGCCUCCUGGUUCUUGUAACCCCGUCAUCCCUCCUUAUGGGACAAUAAAAUCUCUGUUCCGUA